AUGCCUUUAAUGCAAUCACCGUUCCUGCUAGUCAUGGGGGUGUUCUUGGGAAAGGUUCCGCUCGAGCUCACCACCAACCCAUCUGCGUUGAUGUACCAGCCUCAGCCACCUUUGCUUCUGACUAUUCUCCAGGUUCCAGUGCCAGCACUAAGGGCAGCAAGAACAGUAUUACAAUGGGGCGUGCAUGAUAAUCUAGGAGUGCAAAGUGAUCGUCGCCUGCUGUGCACUGCGGCAGGGCCUCAAACUCCAGCCCUGCCCCAGUCUAAAUCGGGGCUAGUCAAAAUAAGCAUAAUGCCAAAUAAGUAUUCCCAUGUGAAAGCGGUCAUACAGAUUGUAGUCAAUGAGGCUCUACAUUAUAAACCCGCGGGUGGAAAGGUGGCUUUGAUGGCUGCAGUUAUUUCUGGCGAUGACGAGGGAAGCAAUGCUUCUUCUUCGAGCCAAUUGGUUGAGUUCAGCGUAACUGCCCCUGUUCGCAAACGGAGGAAGACGACUUUGCAUUUGUUCCUCCGCUUGCAGCAGUCUCCGGUGACAUCAGGUUCACCACAACCACUGCGAUGGCAUCCCUUCUAUAUCAUGGGUCGGAGCGUUGUACGGAGCUCUUCCGCUGCUGUCGAUGAGUACAAGGGAGAACGUGAGGAGGUUCACAUGUGCACUUUUGCACUUUUGCUUACACCUAAUGGACUUGUGCAUCCACUGAGGACAGAUAGCUGGUACCAAAGACAACAUGUCAACCGUGACAUGACUAUCGAGCUGGUGGUACAAGAUCAUCAAUGUAAACCUCACCUCAAGUCUGCCGUGGGUACCUGCGCCGUUUUCAACCGAGGGCGUGGAAGACAAGGCUGCAAAAUUGUGCUCAUCGGGAGCACGGCGGGCAGUCACUAUCAGCAAGAGUACGAAGUAGACUCGGAGCUGAAUCAGCUGAUCCCCACAAAUUGA